UUGUCAAGUUAGCAGUCAGUUCUCAUACACAUUACACAUUGUUAUUUGUGGAUGUCAACUAAAACGGAAUAUAAUAAAUUUGAGUUCUAUUGUUUACUUGCGAAAUAUUUUCAUUAUAAUUUUCCUUACUUCAAAUUACUAGAAAAAUGUAUCUAAGAUAUUUUUUGAAUGAAAAUGGUGACCGACAAUACACACUAGCGACUAUAGAUCCAUCUGGAAAGCCUACGCUGUCGGCACACCCAGCACGAUUCUCUCCCGAAGAUAAAUAUUCUCGACAAAGGAUAAUAAUCAAGAAGAGAUUUGGACUUCUACUCACACAACAACCAGAACCGAUUCACUAAUUUAUAGUUAUUAAGAAUAUUUUUGUGAUGACUAAUCUUGUUACACCAAGACUUUAAUUACAAUGGAUAAAUUAAUGCUUUAACUGACCUAAGUUGUUUUAUAUUUACAUAUCAAAAAAAAUUGUAAACUAUUUGCUUCAAGCAUUUAAUCAUCUAAAAAAUGCUUCUGUGGCCUAAACUAUUUUAAUUAAAAUGGAACAUCAAAUAACUAAAGUAACUAACAAAUAUUAAAGCUGACUCUGAUCACUAGAAAGGCUCUUGAUUAAUAAUGUAUGUAAGUAAAAGAUGUACCAUAUUAAUUCACAAUAAAAACUGGUGUUAA